AUGACAGAAGAUGAAACGUUCUUUAGACGAGCUGCCGAAGCUAUCGUUGCCACAACUCUCAAUUCUGCAAACGUAGAUCCUACUAUAAGAGAAUUGUUAAAACGAAUAACGGUAAAUACAGAUGUUGAUAUUUUUAAUAUUAAAAGGGAUGCAAAUGAUCAAGGUAAUGAUGAUAUAGUUUUACAAGAAACUACUGAGGUUUCAUAUAUAACAGAAAAGUCAACACGUUUAGAAUCAUUGAUUACCGCUGGAGUUCCUAAUAAAACUCAAGCAAUGGAUAACGCUUCUGUAUUAUUGGAUUUUUAUACUGGUUCAACAGUAAGUACUAUUAAGGAUAAAAAAGACACCCAUUUGAAAAAUGUAUCAGAUAAUAGAUUGCAUCAACCUAGAAAAUUUAAUGAAUUAGCACAUACUCAAAUAUUCAAUAACGAUAAUGAUAAUCAUAGUGUCAAUACCACCACAAGUAAUAAUCCAUCUGAUAUAGACACCAGACCAUGGAAAAAAGUGAAAUCUUUAGAGGGUCAACGUGAAGGGAAAGAAUACCCUUGUAAUAAAUGUCAUUUAAUAUUUGGUAGGAUUUCGGACUUGAGGAGACAUGAAAAGGCACAUCUACCGAUUUUACCAAAUAUUUGUUCUCAAUGUGGUAAAGGCUUUGCAAGAAAGGAUGCACUUAGACGACAUUUUGAUACUUUAACUUGUAAAAGAAAUCGAAGUAAAUUAUUAAGUAUUGGGGAUGCAGACAUUAGUCGGAUUAUACAAGGUCCAAAGAGAAAUGGCAAAUGA